AUGCUCAAGUCGACGUACAAGCCCUCGCCGGGCGUCGCCGCCGCCGCUGCAGCGCCUUUACCGCCCGGUUGGACAGAGCACAAGGCCCCGAGCGGACACACAUACUUCUACAAUGCCGAGACCAAGGAAUCGACGUACAAGCGGCCCGGCGUCCCCCAGCAGCAGCCGCCGCCCGCCCCGGCCGCGCAGACACCAUACCCGAACAUCCCUAACCUCUCCGACCCGCGCGUUGCCAAUGCCUACCUCGCGCAACUGAACCCGCAACCCCAGCAACAAUCCCGCGGUGGGCACAGCGGACGAGGAGGACGCGGCGGUUUUGAGGGCCGUCCGCGGCCGCAGCCCAUCGACAAGCCGCGGAGAAAGGAGCCCAUACCGGGCUUCGAGCCGUGGAUCCUCGUCUACACGAAGUACUCGCGCCGCUUCGUGUACAACCCCGCCAAGAACGCGAGCUACUGGCGCAUCCCCGAGAAGCUGAUGCCCGGCAUCCUGGAGCUCGACAAGGCGCGGAUACGGAAGAAGACUGGCGCCGAUGACGAGGGAGAGACUGGGGACGUCGCGGCGGAGACGAGGCCAAAGAAGUCGGCGCACCAGGACAUCGACGGUGAUAGCUCCGAGUACGAAGAGGUCGAGGUCGAGGUCACCGACGACGAGGCCGAUGGCGAUGGCGACGGAGAGCACCCCUCGAAACGACAACGGACAGAAGACGCGCAAGAGGAAAAUGACGAGCAAGAAGGGCCCGUCGAGUUCACAGAGGCAGACAUCCAGGCCCAGCUGCAGAUGAUGGGCGAGGACUACGGCCUCGAGCCCGGCGACUACGACGACGGCAACAUGGACGAAUGGCCCGAGGGCACGGCCGGCGUGGAAUUCUCCGAAGAGGACGCCGAGCUCCUCUUCAAGGACCUGCUCAACGACUUCAACAUCAACCCCUACAGCCCCUGGGAGAAGCUCCUCGAGGAGGGCAAGGUCGUCGACGACCCGCGGUACACGGCGCUUGCGACGACCAAGGCCCGCCGCGAGUGCUGGGACCGGUGGUCGCGCGACAAGAUUGCCGAGCUCAAGGAGCAGCGCGCGCGACAAGAGAAGAAGGACCCGCGCGUCGCCUACAUGGCCUUCCUGCAGGAAAAGGCCACGCCCAAGCUCUACUGGCCCGAGUUUAAGCGCAAGUACAAGCGCGAGGAGCCGAUGCGCGACCUCCACCUCUCGGACAAGGACCGCGAGAAGGCCUACCGCGAGCACAUCGCCAGGCUCAAGCUGCCGCAGGCCAAGCUCAAGGCCGACCUGACCGCGCUGCUCAAAGCCCAGCCCGCGAGCCGGCUGCACGGACGGUCCCUCGCCAGCGGCGGCGGCGGGUUGCCUACGCAGGUGCUUAGCGACGUGCGGUAUAUUUCGCUCGCGCCGGCGGUGCGCGACCCCCUCGUCGAGGCGUACGUGCAGACGCUGCCGCCGCCGUCGGGGGCCGAGGGAGGUGAAGGCGCUCAGACCGAGGAGGAAGAGGAGCGGGUGAGGAAGGAUAGGGAGGCGCGGGAGCGGCGGGAAAGGGCGCUGCAGGAGAGGGACCGCGCGGUGGAGGAGCAGCGGCGCAGGCGCGACAGGGAGGUGGCGGCGAGCAAGGCCCGGCUGCGCGAGGGCGAGCGCGAGCUUGACCUGGCGAUGCGGGUGGACAAGCGCGGGCUGCAGAGCCAGCUGCAAGAGGGCGGUAAGACGCAUUGA